GUUUCCGCUGCUGGUCAAAUAGGUGAGGUGAUCAAUUUAUAUGGAAUAAGAACAGCCAGGCUUUCAAGACGAUUUCAAAAGAAACAAUCCAGAUAUCAAUACAGUGACAGUGAACGCUCGUGAUUCUACAUGGAAAUGUCCGAGGAACCAGUAGUUACAGUGCACGUUGAAGUUAAUGGUGUGAAGUAUCUUAUUUCAAACACAAGUUCAACGACAUCGUUUAAUGAAUGGCUGAGAUCACAACCUGGACUGAAAGGAACGAAGGUUACAUGCCAAGAAGGUGGGUGUGGCGCCUGUGUUGUGGUGUUGACAAAACAAGAUCUAGCCACGAAAAAGGACAAAGUGAUGGCCGUCAACAGCUGUCUUCUUCCUCUCUUCGCUGUGGAUGGAUGUAAGAUUACAACGACUGAAGGAUUGGGGAGCAGCCGCUCUGGUUAUCCUAUUCAAGAACGUAUUGCGCAAUAUAAUGGCAGUCAGUGUGGUUUUUGCACUCCGGGAAUGGUAAUGAAUAUGUACGGAUUACUCUCGGGAAAUGCUCAACCGACUAAACAAGAUAUUGAAGAUGGUUUUGAUGGCAACUUAUGUCGUUGUACAGGUUUCCGUCCCAUACUUGAUGCGAUGAAAUCGUUUGCGAAAGAUGAAAAUCCCAUUGAUAUUGAGGACCUUCGCAGAUGUCAAAGAAAAUGCUGUGAUGAGAUUAAAACAUGUCAAGGUUGUUUCUUCAGUGAAGGAGAAAUAUCUGCACGCCCGUUAUGGUUUAAACCUACAUCUUUAAAGGAUCUCUAUACGAUACUGGAUUCACAUCACUCUGAGGCCAUCAGAUUGGUCGCUGGUAACACUGGAAAAGGUGUUUACAAAAACGAUGGUAAUUAUGAUGUUUUCAUUAAUAUUGCUGAUGUUCCUGAACUAAAUACCGUACAGGUAACUGAGACAGCUUUGCAACUUGGUGCAGCACUCUCUCUAAACAAAAUGAUUGGAGAGCUGAGAGCCAAUUCUUCCAAAUCCAAGUCAUUUGAAACUCUUGCAACUCAUAUCAAAAAGAUUGCCAACGUCCCAGUCAGAAAUGUUGGCUGCUGGGCUGGAAAUCUGAUGAUGAUUCACAAGCAUCGUGAUUUUCCGUCAGAUAUGUUUAUAAUAAUGUGCGCUGUUGGAGCCACUGUUGUUAUUGGUAAAGUUGAUGGAUCAACACAGUCCUAUGGUUUGGAAGAUUUUCUAAAUGUUGACAUGCGGAACAAGGUGCUCCUCAGAAUCGAUAUUCCGUUUACUGCCAGUGAUGAAUUUGUAAGCACCUUUAAAAUCAUGCCACGACACCAGAAUGCGCAUGCGUACGUCAAUGCUGGAUUCAAGGCUACGAUGGACUCAACCUAUACGAUAAAAGGAAUUCCAAGUUUAAUGUUUGGUGGUGUGAAGCUUUCUCCGUUUCGGGCAAGCGGUACACAGCAGUAUCUUUCAGGAAAGAAUAUUCUCGACUCUGAAACAUUAAAAGGUUGUAUGAAUGCAUUGGGUAAAGAAAUUAUACCAGAGUCAACACCACUCACUGCAAGUGCAGAAUAUCGCAAAAGUUUGGCUCUUUCUUUGUUUUAUAAGUUUUAUCUUAGUCUUCUUGGUGAUAAAGCAAGUUCCAGAGUGAUUUCUGCUGCUGUUCCGUAUGUAAGACCGAUAUCUUCAGGACAACAAAGUUUUGAUACAACUCCAAGUGAAUUUCCUUUGACGCAGCCCAUGACGAAAACCACUGCAAAAUUACAGGCUUCAGGCGAGGCUGAAUACAUAGAUGAUAUACCCAGGCCAGAGGGAGAAAUUUAUGGAGCAUUUGUUACAACGACAAAGGGUAACUGUAAACUAUCGAGCGUGGACGUAUCUGAAGUUUUGAAAAUACCCGGUGUAUUAAGAUAUAUUUCUGCAAAAGAUAUUCCUGGUGAGAAUAAUUUUGUGCCUGAUAGCAAGGAAAAAAUAUUCUGUGAAGACGAUGUCGAAUAUGCCGGCCAGGCAGUUGGAAUGAUCAUAGCAAUGAGCCAAAGCUUGGCCGAUGAAGCUGCUGAGAAGGUGAAGAUAACGUAUACCGACUGCAAGAAACCAAUCAUAUCAAUCCAAGACGCAAUUGAAGCCUCGUCAUUUUUCUCAGAUCAAAUUGUAAAUCAAACCUUUGGCGAUAUUGAUGGAGCUAUGGCGUCAUCAACGCAUAUUAUCACUGGGGAAAUUUCACUAGGGACACAACAUCACAUUCACAUGGAAACACACACGUGUCUUUGUAUCCCAAGCGAGGAAGAGAUGAAGGUCUACGCUGCGACACAAUCUACUAAGACCACUCAGAUGUCAAUAGCUCAGGUUUUGAACAUACCAGUGAACAGUGUCAGUGUUUCAUGCAAGCGAUGUGGUGGAGGUUAUGGUGGGAAAAUUUUUCGUGCUGCAGUCAACUCAAGCGCUUGUGCUCUGGCGGCUUACGUCAUGAACAGACCUGUGCGUUUGAGAAUGAACUUCAAAACCAACAUGGAAAUGGUUGGGAAGAGAUUUUCUUACCUCGCAAAGUACAAGAUUGGUGUUUCGGAAGAAGGCUUAUUGAAAGGCAUUGAUAUCACAUGUUACGCGGCUUGUGGAAAUGCGACAACUGAAUGUAUACUAAUGUUCUUCCCUCUGAUUCUGGAUAAUGCGUAUUAUUGUGAAAAUUGGAAAUUUCAAGGCGUACCUUGCAAGACUAACACAGCAGCCAAUUCCUAUACACGUUCACCAGGGACAUUACCAGCGGCUUUCAUUACUGAAACAAUGAUGAAUCACUUGGCCAAAGCAUUAAACAAGAGCCAAGAAGAGAUAAGAGAAAUCAACUUCUACCAGAAAGGACAGACAACCUACUAUCAACAACAUCUGCCUUUUUGCAACAUGUCUGAAAUAUGGCAAGAUUUGAAGAAAUCAAGUGAAUUUGAAAAGCGUAGAACUGCUAUUGAAUCAUUUAACAAGGAAAAUCGUUGGCGUAAGCGAGGAAUGAGUAUAGUGCCACUGAGAUGGGGCGUUGGGUAUCACCCAGGCGUUCGGUUUACCGCUUAUGUCGCAAUAUUUCGUAAAGAUGGCACUAUAGCCAUAUCACAUGGAGGGGUUGAAAUAGGACAAGGGAUAGACACAAAGGUUUGUCAAGUCGCUGCUUACACACUCGGCUUUGGUCUGACUGUUGAUAAGAUCGCAAUUAAACCAGCAACAAGUUUUCUUAAUCCAAAUGGUGCAGGAACUGGGGGAAGUAUAACAAGUGAAUUAUGCUGUGAGGCGGUCAUACAUUGCUGCAAUAUGCUCAAGGAAAGAAUAUUACCCGUAGCAAAAGAUAUGCCACAAGCCACAUGGCCUGAGAUCAUUAACAAGUGUUAUGAAAAGGGUGUUGAUUUGUCUGCAAAAUACAUGUUGUUGCCAAAGCCUCCUCAGCCGUUUUUUAAUUAUAACAUUUUUGCCGCGACUUGUACGGAGGCCGAGAUUGAUGUGCUCACUGGAGAGACAGAAAUACUCAGAACGGAUAUUUUGUUUGACUGUGGAAAAAGCAUGAAUCCUGAGAUUGACAUUGGACAAGUGGAAGGCGCAUUCAUCAUGGGUCUUGGUUAUUGGUUGACUGAGAAAGCAAUAUAUGAUCCUCUGUCUGGUCUGGAACUUACCAAUGGAACAUGGGAAUACCACCCCCCGUUUUCAAAAGAUAUUCCAAUAGAUUUCCGGGUGAACUUUAUUAAAGAUGCCCCAAACCCGCUUGGUGUUCUUGGCUCAAAAACUACUGGUGAACCACCUCAGUGUAUGUCAUCUUCCUGUUUGUUCGCUGUCCAAGAUGCGAUAUAUCACGCUCGUGAGGAGACUGGGCAAGACAAAGAUUACUUUCCGCUUGAUGGUCCAGCUACAGUUGAGGUCACACAGUUGAAGUGUUUAGUUGAUCCAACACAAUUUAUUAUUUAACGAAUGCGAAAAAAAUUUGAAGAGUGAGAAACAUAACCUCAAUAUUAGUUUUCAGGCGAAGAUAAAAUUCUUAUGCCGACCAUUAUUUAGCCAUUAAAAAGGGGAUUAGUCGUUUCUAUUAGAUAUAACUGAUCAAUAAAAUUUUUUAUUCAUAGCACGGAUGAGUCGAGGUUCUUCUAAGUGGGGCCUAGCCAGAAAAACGUUAAUACGAAUACCCGAUCUUUCUCGCGCACAAAUAUGUGACAAUUUCCAUGAAAAUAAAAUAAUAAAUACCAAGAAAUCAGUUAAAAAUCAAUCAUAAAAAUCGAUUGCUUAGAGCAUUAUCGGGAUUGAGGACUCGUUAGGACCGCAGAAGAACAUGACAACAUUAUGAGCGUGACGUUUUCACCAACUGCUAAAUACCAAUUCAGAGGUCCAGUCAAAUCGGCCUGAUGCAUAUAAUUGUCCCCCGCCCCCAGGUUUUAAUAAUUACCACAUCGAGACCAGGAGGGGAAAGUUUAAUUAGAUUCAAGCAGACAUGUUUAAAAAAUUUGCACAUAUUGUCACACAAGGCCCUUGAUGGCUGACUCUCAUAUGUCGCAAUCGUUUAUUGGCCACUGAUGUUUAUUGCUGGCGAUGUGCUUUUUUGUCACCAAUCACUGACGAGGAUUCAAGGCGGGACAUUAGGCACAAACAUGUUACGCGUCAAACUGGCCGAUUUCGAUGUUAAGGGCGGCCUCCACCUACUGUUAUACGUACAAAAAAAUUAACUACGACGGCCGGUUUCGUAUCACUGAGCAUGCGCCAAGUCGGCCGCACUGAUUGUACCAGUGGACUGUAUGUACAAAGUGUGUUUCGCCUGCGAGCAAUAUGUUUCGCCUGCGAGCAAUAUGCGCCUGUUCGCCGGCUGGAAUGUGUGCAGACAGUGCAAUAAACACGUCAUAUUGAUGCAUUAGCAAACUCAUAAAGUGAUCGCAGAAGGUUAUGAAUUUGUUAUGAAUUUGUUUCUACGAAGUUCGCUGACUCCGGUCUAAUGAGCUUUUGGGAAACGAUUAUCAAAGUUUGUGUAUUUUUUCGCGGGAAACGAAGAAUUUGUGAUUACAAUAUUAUGCAAUACAAAGCAAGUUGACAAAAAAAAUUAAUUGAAUUUAUUGAAUAUGCCGUAACUUUCCUGAUAGGCGAUAAUCUUUCCUCAAUCCCGCAACAACAAUCCUCCAUCGUUGUGCGUGUUUUGAAAGCUCGCACUUUUGCCGCACUUGAGUGGGUGUUUUUGAGAACCUGAUUGUGAAGGUUUACCUUAAAUCUUUCCUUGAUUUAGAGGAGUUGUUUUUCUCGAUCAACAAUAAUACAAUUUCUGGGUCACAUGAGCGUGAGUGAGUGCAUUCCUUGAGUACAGGCGCAUAGUGAAAUAUUUAAGUUGAGUUCGCAACCGCUACCUGUAAUUUCUACCUUGCCGUGUUCAAAACAGAACAUUGUUUCUGACAGGUUGUGCGGUUUAGUGAAAGGGUCAAAGAUAGCCGCGAGCUACUUGUAACAUUCGCCGAUCGUUUGCACAAAGUGGCAACACAUUGGCAUUGCAAGCCCAGCGAAACUUUGUUUGCACCAAGUAGGAUAAAUAAAUAAAGUGAUGUAUGUAUGUAUUAUACGAAUGUAUGUAUGAAUGGCAAAACCAUUUGUUUGCAGAUAGUGGGGGCACUACAUUGCAAAGCUGAGUUGCCUAACUAGCGUUUAUUUUCGUGUUGUGCCUCACGUCUCACGACCCGACGAGAUUACGUGUUGUCUAAUAUGCUUAGCUUAUCUGGGGAUAUAUCUUUCAAUUAUAAACGUCACCGUUCACCCCGGGUUAUAUUCGUUCGUAAUUGAUAUACACUAGUAAUUUAUAUACAUAUACUGUAGUUAAUAUAGAUAUAUUGUAUUCUAAACUGUCUGUCUGACUGUCUCUAGGCCUCAGCUUCGCAAUUCAUUCUUACAAUUUUUUACGUCUCAUCUAUAGAUAGAGUAUUAUAAAGACAAGUUUCCUGUUUGUGAAUUUAGCAUAACCAGAAUUAUGGCGCCAUUUUUUUUUAAUUAAAUAUAAUUGCAACUAUUACUGAGGCAUUUCUUUAUUUUCUUAUGUAGAAGACGUGAUAUAAAUAUGCUAAUAUUUCCCAAAAGAUUAUUUUAAUUUCUUUUGUUUCUCUGCCUCCUCAUAGUCCUUGUGUCUCCUUGGCAUUUGUUAUUGAAACAUAUAUUCAGUUGAUAAUCGGUAACCAUAGGAAUACAUAAACACACACUUCAUGUGGCAACAAUAAUAUUAUAAUUAUAGAAAUAUUAAGAUAUUUUACGGAACUUUUAUGUCAACACAUCGCGGUAUGUAUUUUCGUCUGUGAAGAUUUACACGAAGAUUCAUUUAAAUCCUAAGCCCGGAACAAAAUUAUUAAUUUCAUGGGCCUGCAAACGCUUCCGUGUUGACUUCCGUUGCUAAGUAAUCUAAACACAUUAUCACCAGAAGACGGCAGCUGUGAUUAUGGCUGGCAUUAUCCAAUCAAAAGGCCGCUGCGAACAGAGCACGGAUACGUUGUCGUGGAUUCGCUCUAACAUUUGAAAUAAAUUUAGGCCUUUUUCUUUCAAUUUCAAUAACAAUACUUUAAAGAGUCUUUGUGUUGACCUGCAUCGCCACUUGAUAAACAUGAAACGUGGUCACAAUUGGCGAUGUACGCAAGGCCUGGCAUCAUGGGAUAACAAAAAUAAUAAGAUUUAGUGUAUCUGUGCAAACCGCAGCGGAAAGGACUCGGUGUGUAUGCAUUUUAUACCUAAUAACUAACAUCGUAUAAAGUACAAUUGUUUGAUGCACAUUGGUGUACAAAGAAAUCGGGUUUAAUAUUUACAUAUAUCAACAAAGAUGAUCGAUAUUCUCGUCGCUCAAAAGGACUGCUUGGAAGAAAAUUGUGAUUACUCCGACAAGACUUUAUCGAAGGACGACAUUAACUGUGAAUUAAAUGAAUCGUGCUGGACUGAGGAUGAAUGUGAUUCAGAUGAAGAUGAAGAUGAACUUAAUUUAAGUUUUCGCGAUGGAAUGAAGCGAAGUGCAUCUGAUGAAUUUUGUCACGACUUGAAGCGGAUAAAAUUUGACAAUAAUGUUCGAGAUUUGUCAAACAAAUUCUCAUAUAAACUUGAUUUAGUUUUUAAAGUGGACACAAGCCAGUCGGAGACGGGAAUGAGGAACAAUCAUAUCAACAAACUCCAAGAUAUCUCACACAAAAGUGUUAAAAAAGCCAAAGAUAAAUAAGUUAAUGAAUGAAGCCAAAUAGCGAAUAAAAGUCAGUAUAAUUCGCUCGUAAUUUAUUCACAUCUAAGAGUUACACAACUGAUAAGUUUCGAAUACAACUAUAUAUCUGUUUCAAAAUAGUCCUGAGACCUGGAUUAAUAUGCACCAAAAGCAAUCUUGCUAGAGCAAGCAGUAAUGAUAUUACAAGACAAUAAAUAAGAAACGAACGAAUUAACGCUAAUAAAAUUAGCUAGCAUUGAAGGGAUGAAAGUGCACUAUAGAAGUAUGUACAAUUUGUGAAAAUAAAGCAUUUGUACAUCGAG